CUGCCCAACGCUAGAGUUACAGAUCGCUGCAUCCAACUUCUCUAAUCCUUCACCUUCUGCCAUCUCUACAUUGUCAUCAUGUCGCCAACCGUGCCCGCCACUGUCCUGGGUGCCAUGGAGAUGGGGCAAAGCAUGGACGUGACCUCCAGCACCGCCUCGGUGCGUGCCUUCCUGCAGCGUGGCUACACUGAGAUAGACACCGCCUUCCUGUAUGGGGAAGGCCAGUCUGAGACUAUCCUAGGUGGCCUGGGACUCGGGCUGGGCCGCAGCGGCUGCAAAGUAAAAAUUGCCACCAAGGCUAUUCCAUUGUUUGGGACCACAUUGAAGCCUGAUGAUGUCCGGUUCCAGCUGGAGACAUCCCUGAAGCGGCUGCAGUGUCCCCGGGUGGACCUCUUCUACUUACACUUACCAGACCACAGCACCCCUAUAGAGGAGACCCUGCAGACCUGUCACCAGCUGCAUCAGGAGGGCAAGUUUGUGGAGCUUGGCGUGUCCAACUAUGCCUCCUGGGAAGUGGCUGAGAUCUGUACCAUCUGCAAGAAAAAUGGCUGGAUCAUGCCAACUGUGUACCAGGGCGUGUACAAUGCCACCACCAGGCAGGUGGAGAAGGAGCUCCUUCCCUGCCUGAGACACUUUGGACUGAGGUUCUACGCCUACAGCCCAUUGGCUGGAGGCCUGCUGACUGGCAAAUACAAAUAUGAAAUAAAGGAAGAGGAGCAGCCCUUGAGCCGCUUCUUUGGGAAGAAAUAUGACAAUUUCUUCAGGAAAAACUACUGGAAGGAAAGCUACUUAAAGGGCAUUGACCUUGUGAAGGAGUCCUUGAAGACCACCUAUGGCACCAGAGCCCCGAGCAUGACCUCGGCUGCCUUGCGGUGGAUGUACCAUCACUCACAGCUCCAGGGCUCCCAAGGAGAUGCAGUUGUCUUGGGCCUAUCCAGCCUGGAGCAGCUGGAAGAGAAUUUGGCUGCCACUGAGGAAGGGCGCCUGGAGCCAGCUGUUGUGGAAGCCUUUAACCAAGCCUGGAAUAUGACUGCCCAGGAGUGUCCCAACUACUUCAGAUAGACCAUCAUGGCUCACAGCCAGGGGCUUUUCUGCCACCUCUUGGAAUCACACCCUGGCCAUUCCUUGCCUUAUGCUGCCUUCAUGUGGUCUUUUCUGUCAUUCUCAACCCAUGCAGUGUUCUAGAUUGCAGCCCUGCUUGCUUCCUGAAUAAAGGAAUUAAUGAAUUUUAAUAAA